GCGCGAAUUUUAUUCCACCUACAUUUCUUGUUCUGUAUUCGAGUCAAGUUUUUUAUUAAAAAAAAAGUUAAAUAGGUGUUUUAUAGUGUCGAUUGCUGAAUCCGUGAUAUUAAUUUAAUUUAAUACGUGAUAGAUAUAAGGAUAUUCAUGAGAAAGAAAGUUUUAGCUCCGUUCACAUAACCUUUUGGUGUUCAGUACAUAAUAUGGGUUACGAAAAAGGGCAUGUUUGAUAACGGAGAACUUCAAUAUAAACUCUGGCAACAGUGCAACCAAAAGGAAACAGGAAGAAGCGUUAUCAAACAACUACAGAUUAAAGAUACACCCACACACUUUAGACUUCAACAGAAAACAGUCUCCCAUGAGUUCUCCUAUGUGCACACCAUCCAAGCGGAGAGUUCUAGGCGAGAUUCAGAAUUCUCCAUUAUUCAGGCCAAAGGACUCCCCAACAAUAGAAAGACUGAAGAAAACACCAAUUAACAAAAAGUCCCCCUUAAUAGAACAUCUAUCACCCUUAACCAGCCGAUCCGAGAAAUGCAAGCGCAUAAAAGUGUCAAAAAUAUCGCGGAUACUUGAAGAGAGAUCCAGAUACAGAAUGGCUAAUAAAGAGAAUGAGUUGAAUAUGUCAGAGACGUUCCUUAAUAUGGACGAUGAGCAAAGUUAUUCACUGACACGGUCAAAAAUGUACCAUAAAAUGGACAAUGAAGGAAGUUAUUCACUGAAACGGUCGAAAACGUGGCUUAAAAUGGACAGUGAAAAAAGUCAUUCACGGACAAGGUCUGAAACAUACCUUAAGAUGGACACUGAAGAAAGUCAUUCAAUGACACGGUCGGAAAUGUUUCUGAAAAUUGAUAAUGCAAAGAAUAAUUUAUUAACCAGGCCAAAAGUGUGCCUUAAAAUGGACGAUGAAGAAAGUCAUAUGAUGACAGAGCCGAACAUCUUCCUUAAAACUGACAGCGCAGAAAGCAAUUUAUUAACAAGCUCACAAAUGUGCCUUAAAAUGGACGAUGAAGAAAAUUAUUCAUUAACUAGGUCAAAAAUGUGCCUUAAAAUGGACGAUGAAGAAACUCAUUCACUGACGCGGUCAAAAAUGUACUUUAAUAAGGACAAUAGAGAAAAUGAAUCAUUAUCAUUUAGAAAAAUUUCUCAUAAGGAAACUAAAAGGAACAUAGAUUCGGUAAAGAGAUCAAAUAUGUUCACAACUUUGACUUGUAAAGAAAAUGAGUCUUUAAUGUCAGAGACUUUUAUAAAACUGGACGUGGAGGAGGAGACUAGGGACUGUUCGUUCGUUGACACGUUCCCUGGUACCUCUGCAACGACGUCCAAUUGGUGCAAGGCUAAGUUGGACUUCACAGACGCACUGCAAUCAAAAUCCUUCGAAAAUGACGAUGAGACAAAAAACAUAGACAUGUACGUGCCAGAAAAGGACGAAAAUAUUGACGCAGACUUUGAAACACUACAUGAUUUGGAGGAAGAAUUUGGCUGUACCAAUUUUGAUGAGUGUUCUAAGUACGAGAUCAUUUCUACGGACAGCCCUAACAUCAUAUCAAGCGGGCGCUCCACGUCAAGGAAAAUACAUUCCAGGAAUUUCGAAUUUGGUGCUCCGUUACUGGAAAACGAAAAAUCUACUAGUUUCAACAAACCUAAUGUUAAUGCGACUCGUAUGUUAAACUUCGAUGAUGAAAACUUCGAAUUUACUUCCCCGGCUGUCAAAAAACAUAGCGUUUCUGUCAAAAAAUCGUUGAAGUUCACAGAAAAACACAACAUAUCUGUCAAAAAAACCUUGAAGUUUACUGAGACACCGACCAAAAAAAUAUUUAAGUGUACAGAGACGCCGGUCAAAAUGGUUUUGAGGCACGAACGUAGUGAUUCUAGUAUUGGAUCUAUGUCCAUGUCUCCAAAAAUUGAGUCGACAAAAUUGAGGAUAUAUCCGUCGGAUUCCACAACGUCCAUGGAAAGUGGGUUUAUAUCGGAAUUAGAAGAUCAAUUUUUGGAUUAUGAAGUAUCCAGUUCUCCAAAAAUGCCAAACUUCAAAGAAUUGCUAUCCGGACAAAUUAAAGAUGGUUUCACUGGUAAUAAAUUACUAACCGGUCAAAUUGAGGAUACUUUUGGUGAAACUCAGCUGUUACCUGAUGAAAUUCAAAAUAGUUUUGAAUUAAAACAGUUAAAAGACGAUUCAAAUAAGCUGUUUAACAUAUCCACACAAAUUACCCAUGGGUUUGAAGAAAGUCCGUUAUUUUCUCGAGAAGUGAAACAUACUUUUGGAGAAAAUCAAUUAUUUUCUGAAGCCGAGAACACUUUUGGAGCAAAACAGUUAUUUUCUGAAAAUGCGCAGAAUUCUUUUGGAGAAAAACAGUUAUUUUCUGAAGAAAUCAAGCAUUCUUUUGGAGAAAAUCAGUUAUUUUCUGGGGAAAUAAAGGAGAGAUUAGAAGAGAAACCGUUUAAUGUACGGAGGCCAUUGCAGAGGAGUUUGAGUUUUAAUCCAGAAGGUUUUAGAGCAAGAAUCUCUUUGUUCUCUAUUAAGGAGAGUGAAAACCAAGAGAAGAAGAAUAAUAAGAGAAAUGAAAGAAAUGAUUUGGAGAAUAUUUCAAGUAAACGGAGAAGAUCGAAUUGCCAAAGUCCAGAAGUGGAGAAGCCAGUUAGACCAGUUCUCCAGCGGGCGUUUUCUGAAAACCAUGCGUCUAUUAUGUCGGCUAUGACGAGAUUUGAAACCGAGCCGGAUCUAAUAGGCGACUUCACGCUCCCGUUCGCGUUACCACUCACAAGCGGCGAGCACGCGGACCUCAGCUCCAUAUCCUGCGACACGCUGGCCGGACUGCUGCGGGGGGAGUUUGUGGACAGCAUUAGUGAAUUCCAGGUGAUAGACUGCCGCUAUCCAUACGAGUUCGAAGGCGGCCACAUCGCUGGUGCGGUCAACCUCUACACUCCAGAACUGGUGUUGUCUCUGGUGGAACAGCCUCGCUGGGGGGGACCCGGGCGAAGCAUACUGGUGUUUCACUGCGAGUUCUCACGAGAGAGGGGGCCCAAGCUGUCCCGCUUCCUCCGCUCAAAGGACCGCAUGAAGAACAAGGAGAACUACCCUUCACUCCACUACCCCGAGGUAUACCUCCUGCACGAGGGAUACCGCGCUUUCUACCAGCGCUACCCCGAGCUAUGCUCCCCCUUGGGGUAUACCGCCAUGCUGGAUCCUGUCCACCGCGUGGCUCUCAAGAAGCACCGCUCUUUCAGCCUGACCUCUACCUCUGGCAAUAGACGAAACCGGUUCCUGCUCUAACCCCCCUCCGUUUGUGCAAUGUCUACUUGGUCUAUUU